CUGUAGCUAUGAAACCAAUAUCAUUUGCCAAUAGUAUCUUGUGAGGAGUGUACUAGUGUUCGUUUAUUAAAUUAAUAAAUAUACCUAGUUAUCACGAUUAUAAUAUAUAAUAUUAAAUAAUAAAAUUUGUGAGUGGCGACUGUAUUUGAGUGUGCAUAUCAAUUUCUAUUUGACAUUAAUUUUUAUUUCUUCCUCCAUUUGGAAAAGUCGAUAACGCAAGUUGACGGUUGAAGUUACAUAAGGGACUGUAGCUGUGAAACCAAUAUCAUUUGCCAAUAGUAUCUUGUGAAGAGUGUACUAGUGUUCGUUUAUUAAAUUAAUAAAUAUACCUAGUUAUCACGAUUACAAUAUAUAAUAUUAAAUAAUAAAAUUUGUGAGUGCGAUUGUCUUUAAGUGUGCAUAUCAAUUUCUAUUUGACAUUAAUUUUUAUUUCUUCCUCCAUUUGGGAAAGUCGAUAACGCAAGUUGACGGUUGAAGUUCCAUAAGAGCAAUGGAGGGAACGAUCACACCGGAGAGCCGGCACCAUUCUCAAGCAGCCCUGGGCAAUAUCACCGCUCGAAUGGAUCGGCUCCGGGUCGCAAUCUCACAGUCGAUCAUGCUAAUUAGGGAACGCUCGUCAGCUCUGCCGUCCAGCUACCUUCGUUCGACGUCCUUGCCUGAUGAGAUAAUUAUGCAACAAAAAGAUCAUGAAUGUCUUGCUACCUCGAGGUCGCCGGAUAUUGAAUUGAAAACAAACUCCACAAACUACUCAAUUGUUCGAACACCGCAGAAAAACUCGAGCUGCCUUUCUCCGCCGAAAUUAGAAGUCAAUUCACAUGUCCGAAAACGCUUACUGUUCGGGGACUCCGAAAGAAUACUUUUGACACCAGAGAAGAUAGAUUUCAGUGAUAUUAGCACACUGCAAAAAUUCGAAAUAAGCAGUCCCAUUAAAUCAACACCGCCAAUUAAAAAAACAAGGCUAGAGAAAACAAUAGAUAAUAAUGGACCUUUUGAUGUGGCAUUGAAAGGUUUAAGUCCUAAUCAACUGAUUGAUAUAAUUACAUCUGUCACUUACAAACAUCCAGAGAUCGAAUACGAGAUCAGAAAAGACAUGCCGGUUCCGGAUUUGUCGCCGUUCAAGCAGAGGCUUCUAUAUUUAAAAUCAAAUAUUUAUAAAGGGCUCCGAACAUUGCGGUCGGCUUCUAAAACCGAUUUGUUGGCUUACUCGCGUACUUCUACUCACCUAGCAGCUUUUAAGAAGUGUUUAGUGGAACAGGGAAAAGUCUUAGUGGAGUCUCAACACUGGGAGUCUGUUAUUAAAUAUGUUUUACUAGCCUGGAAAUACGUCAGAGCUACACCUGUGUGGGAUCAUCAGGCACAUAAUGCCUGUAGGAAGCAGUGCUUCGAAGCGCUAAUUGCUUUUUGCAUAAUGGCUCUCAAGAAGGGACAUUUAGAGAAGGAUGUAUUAAUUUACACCAAAGAUAAGCUGCAAGACAUGGUUGCAGACAGCGAAGACAUCCUAUCAUGUAUAAAGAUAAUUAAAGAAAAGUUGUCGGAUUUGUGAAUACCUUAAUAGUUAUUAAUUAAUACCUUAAUGUCUAAAGGAGUGAUUUUUUAUAUUUUAUUUUUAUUAUUAUUUGUAUUUUUUUAAUUUGUACGUAUCAAUUUAUUGUCAUAGUAAUAGAUAGUAGGAAUAAAGGCCUUGUAUUACUAUGCAUUGGAUGUAAUACUUAUAUUAGUUUUGUUUCAAUGUACAUGUAAAAAUAUAUAUUACGAGAGUUACUAUUAAAAUUAGGCAAGACUGAUAUAAAAUAAAAUAUUUUAAUAAAAUAAAAAUGAACUAAAAUUAAAAGUCACCUAUGAAGGUAUUUUUGGCUAGCUAAAUCACGACAAUUGUAAUAUUU